AUGUCUACUUUUGUACGCAAGAAAAUCUGUGAAAAGAUAAAUGGAUUUUUCAAAUGUAAUAGGAUAUAUUAUGAACUGGAAGUGCCUUCGAAAAAGCAGUAUUUAAGCGAAAACAAAUUCGUUUUACAUUGGACACCAUCCAAAGAAAAUAGUGCCCAAUUACAAUCCUCGUUAAAAGCCUUAAAGGAUUUCCAAUAUGAUACUGAACUGGUAGAAAAUGUACAUCUUUUAUCUGCUCAAGGCAAAGAGGCAGCCAAAGUGGAAUUUGUUUUGCGGAGGGAUGCUUAUAUCAGGACUUUGCUUUGUGAAGAGCAAAAUCUACUACAUGAAUUCCCUAAUAAACAUAUGGUAUUCGAGUUCAGUUCGCCAAAUAUAGCUAAACCUUUUCAUGUGGGCCAUUUACGUUCUACUAUUAUAGGCAACGUUUUGGCGAAUUUACAUGAGGAGUUGGGUUAUAAGAUCACACGAAUGAAUUAUCUUGGGGAUUGGGGUACGCAAUUGGGUAUGCUGCAAGUUGGUGUCGAAAUGCUAGAUGUAACCCAAAGAGAAAUACAACUAGCUCCAAUAGAAACUCUAUAUAAAGCCUAUGUAAAAGCCAAUGAGGCAUCGAUAAUAGAUCGUAACAUAGCUGAAAGAGCGCGCCAAAUUUUCAGUCAGCUGGAGGGUGAAAAUUGUGAGUCUUCUCUAUCGAAACAAUGGCACUUAUAUCGAGAUUAUACGAUCAAAGAGCUGCAAAUCGCUUACGAACGUUUAGGUAUUAAAUUUGACAUGUACGAAUGGGAGUCUCAGUACUCUCAGAAACAAAUAUUGGAAAUAUUGCGAAUGCUUGAAGCAAAGCAUCUACUUCUACCGGAAAAAGACGGCCGAAAAGUGGUGGAGGUGCAAGACCGUAGAGUACCCGUUGUUAAAAGCGAUGGUUCGACUUUGUAUUUAACGCGAGAUAUUGCUGCUCUAAUAGAUCGUUGGAAACGUUUCCAAUUCUCGGAAAUUCUCUAUGUAGUGGAAAAUGGUCAAUCGGAUCAUUUUAAAGCUCUCUUUAAAACUACCUCAAGAUUGCUUGACGAGAUAAAAGAAAAUCGCUUAAGACAUAUCAAGUUUGGUCGAAUACACGGCAUGAGUACACGUAAAGGUCAGGCAGUAUUCCUUAAGGAUUUAUUGGACGAAGCUCGGGAAAGAAUGUUCGAAAAGCAAACGCAAAGUCCAAAUACAAAAGCUUCUUUGAACAAUAAGGAAAUUGCCGAUGUCUUGGGUGUCACAGCAGUUAUCAUAAAUGACUUAAAACAACGUAGACAAAGAGAUUAUGAUUUCAACUGGGAUAAAGCUUUGCAAAUGAAUGGUGAUACUGGCAUUAAAUUGCAAUACACACACUGCCGCUUAUACAGCUUAUUGGAGCAAAAUGCACAUUUAAUAGAAGAUAAUGUGGUAGAACGACGCUUUGACUACCUUAAUGAGGAAGAAGCCAUUGAUCUGCUUCACAUUUUGGGGAGAUACCCUCAAGUGUUGUGGCAAACGAAAGAAAAGCUUGAAGCUUGCAUUUUAGUAAAUUAUUUAUUUAAUUUAUGUAACUCGACUAGUCUUUGCUUAAAACGUUUGCCGGUAAAAACAGAAGAAAAUAUAUUGAAGCAAAAACAACGGUUAUUAUUAUUUCAAGCUGCGAAACGCACUCUACAUAGAGGGAUGAAUAUUUUAGGGUUAAAAUGUUUAAAUGUAAUGUAAUCAUAGCAUUACU